AUGGAUCACUUAAAGUUGACGGUGGAUAAGUUGUCCGUGGACGAAGUGAGCGAACUGGUGGUUGAUGACAGCUGUGGUGCCGUAUCCAUAUUUGUGGGGACGACUAGAGAUAAUUUUGAAGGCAAAAAGGUGCUACGGUUGGAGUAUGAGGCGUACGAACCAAUGGCGCUAAAAGCUAUGAAGGCGAUCUGCGAUGAAGUUAGGAACAAAUGGAGCGCUGUGCACAGUAUAGCUAUUUAUCAUAGAUUAGGCAACGUCCCCACCCGCGAGGCGUCAGUCAUCAUCGCCGUCUCCAGCCCGCACCGCCGCGACUCGCUAGAUGCCGUCUCGCUCUGCAUCGAGCUGCUCAAGGCCAAAGUCCCCGUGUGGAAGCGAGAGGUGUAUGAGGACGCGGCCCCCGCCUGGAAGGAGAACCGAGAAUGCGUCCCAACCCCGCCGUCUCCCCCUGACACAGUGGACAAGAACCUCGUCCAAAUCAACGUUUCCACUGAAGAGUUGCAGAAACGAAUACAAAACUUUAUCGAGAGGAAGAGAGAGCAGGUGAACAUCAGCAACAUACACGACUUCAUUCCCGGGGUAGAUCAAGAGAGCGAGAUAGAAGAGACCUGCGCGAGAGUGCGCACACAGUUUGUGAAGAGGAGCGACUCUAAGGGACAUUUGAAAAUCCGCAAGGUCCACAACGAAUGGGGCCCCCAAACGGUCACCUCUCCUAUCAAACCAGCGCCGCUACCAGGCGCCAUCGCGGAGAGGGUUCUUACUAUUGAGAAGUUUCUCAACAUGGGGCCUGUGGCACCCGAUAUUUACAGGAGACUGAAGGAGAUGGAAGACAGAAUAGCGCAGCUGCAGGCCAUAUCGCCAGAGUACGCAGACUUCUGGAAAACUCAAAAGGACUCUAUCGGUGAGCACAAACCAACCGUCGACUUCAUCUAUUCGGCGGACGACAUCGCUCGCAAAAUCGAACAGCUUGAGAAUAUGGACGACACGUAAUCAGUACAUUACGCUAAAAGUGCAGAAAAGAGGGGAAUCGAAGAGUGGCGAUAUAUUAACCCUUAAAUGCAUGACCUUGACAAACGUAAAAUUUUUAUGGAAAGCGGUCACCGUAACCUAUGGACGCCUGCAACUCAAGGGGUGUCACAUGCGCGUUGCCGACCCAUUAGAAACUUGUACACUCCUUUUUGGAAGAACCCCAUAGGUACUGUAGUUUAUCGGGAAUAUCUCGGCAGGGAGCUCAUUCCACAGCCGGAGCGUCGGCGG